UCCUCUCUAGGACUGCCCUACCCAGAGUGUGCCAGACCCCUCUGAAGUGUCAUUCCUCCCCAGUAUCUCCGGAAAGUACCCUCAAAAUGGCACCCAAGAAGAAGGAAGAACCCGCCAAACCAGCAGCCCCCAAGGCCCCUGAGCCUGAGCCUGUCAAGAUUCCAGAGUUUGAUCCCAAAGAAAUUCAGCUAGAGUUUACUCCUGAGCAGAUUGAGGACUUCAAGGAUGCCUUCCAGCUGUUUGACAGAACGCCAACAAAUGAGAUGAAAAUCACGUAUGGACAGUGUGGUGAUUUGAUCAGGGCUCUGGGUCAAAACCCCACCAACACUGAAGUAAUGUACGUCCUUGGGAAACCCAAACCUGAGGACAUGCAGACCAAGAUGCUGGACUUUGACCAAUUCCUGCCAAUGCACCAACACAUCUGCAAGGCCAAGGACCGCGGGACAUUCGAGGACUUUGUUGAGGGUCUGAGGGUGUUUGACAAGGAGGGUAACGGCACAGUCAUGGGCGCUGAGCUCAGACACGUCCUGGCAACGCUGGGGGAGAAGAUGAAGGAGGAUGAGGUGGAGCAGCUUAUGCAAAACCAGGAGGACGCCAACGGCUGCAUAAACUAUGAAGCUCUCGUAAAAUACAUCAUGGCAUCUUAAAGAGGUAUAAAACAAUUUACAACUCAAUAUAUUGUAAUUUCGGUGACCAGAUGUACACACCAAUGAUGUAAGUGUGGGAAGUGACCGGUGUGCUUGUCCUGUAACAGAAAAACAAGAUGCCGGCAUUUUGAAGACCGACUGCUCAUUUGUUUGUGUAAACUCCAACCCAUGUCUCUGUUGUCAUGUGUCCCAGAUUCCAUAAAUAUAAAAUAACUUUUCACUCUGCUUUUCCAGUUUCUCUGUCAAAUUGCUUGUUGACACCAAAAAUGUUGUGCAACACUACUGUCUAUUUUGUGAAGAUGGUAAAUAAACUGAAGGAUUCAUAUUCA